CGGCUGAGAUUCUAGGACUUUCGAAGUACUAUUUAUUAGAGGAUGUUUUUCCUCUUAAAAGUUUUAAAAGGUCAUAAGAAUAUGCAUGAUUUUAUUAAUAGAAUAAAAAAGAUUGAGUCUUGAUCAAUGGAUUAACCAUUAUAACUUCAUUUUGGAGUGAAAUAUUGAAACUUUGAAGUGAGUUUUGCUGACACAAAAACAUUCUGUUUUGUUUCUAAAAAUAGAAAGCCAUGGAAGUUGGUGGGUCUUUCCCUCAUGUUAGAAGUGGACAGCUUUCAAGCGUAUGUGUCCUCGUUACUCUAAAACGAUUCAUGGGUUCAUUUAAUUCCUGCUGUCUUUUGUGUUGCCAUGGAUCAAGGAGUUUCCAGCAAGUGGGAUUUCAUUUCAAAUUACUUCUGCUGCAGAUUUUUCUAUGAGGAGACGGAGAAAAAUGUCAACUGCAAGGCCUAGAGGUUCUUCCCCAAAGGGAUUCAUGCCGAGAGCACCAGUAUGAUCAAGCACCAAGAAGAGAGACUUAAAAAAUAAAGGAGAAAAGGAGGGUUCGAUUACACAAAAUCUGGUGAGACUGCACAGGCUAACAAGCGAACACUGGAAAUAGAAGUUGAUAAGGACGAUAAACUAGAAAUUGAACUUCCUGAGGAGAAGAAACUUAAUGAAGAAAAGAUAGUAGAGAAAAGUAUCCUUGAAGCAUAAAGAAGUCACUGUUAAACGUGAUCAAAUGGUCAAAAAUGGAAGUAUCAGUAGAGUUGGUAAGGGUGCGACUCUGCCACAGGAUAAAAUUGUUGUUGAGGGAAGUCAAUUUGAUGACUUAGAGAAUGAUGGCAUUGUAAAAGAGGAGAGCAUCGCAACUGAUGAGAAAAUGAAGGAAAGACUAGCAGAAGAGCAGAGGCAAAGAGAAGCCGAGAAGGCUGCUAGUGAAGCUGAUAGAGCACAGGCAAGAGCAGAAACUGAAAAAAGGAGAGGAAUGUUGCAAGAACUGAUGAAAAAGACUGCAAGGUCUGUUGAUGAUGUUUGGUACAUAGAACCUAGUGAGUUCAAAGGUGAGGAACUGGUCAAGUUAUUUAACAAAAGCUCAGGUCCACUAGCCCAUGCUAAUGACCUUUGGAUUCAUGAGGGGCAUUAUAGUUGGAAGGACAGAUUGUCCAUUGUUGAGCAGUUUGUCAGCUCUGAUACAAGGGAAGCUGCCUGGUGGUCUGCUAAUGUUGUUGUACCUGAUCAAGCCUUUAUCCUGGAUUGGGUAUUUGCUGAUGGUCCGCCUCGUAGUGCCACUGUGUAUGAUAACAAUCAUCUCCGAGAUUUCCAUGCAAUUGUCCAAAACAGUAUGCCUGAAGAAUUGUAUUGGGUUGAGGAAGAACGCCAAAUAUACACGAAACUACUAGAAGAGAGGAGGUUAAGAGAAGAGGCUGUACGUGGAAAGGCUGAGAAAACAGCACGCAUGAAAGCUGGAACAAAUGAAAUAACUUUGAAAAGGGUUUUGUUUUCACAAAAGCAUAUAGUUUAUGCUGAGCCUCUAGAUGUUCAGGCUGGAAGUACAGUGACAGUAUUCUAUAAUCCUGCUAACACCGUUCUGAAUGGUAAGCCCAAAGUUUGGUUCAGAUGUUCAUUCAACCAUUGAACCCACCGCAAGGGUCCAUUGCCCCCUCAGAACAUGUUGCCUGCAGAUAAUGGCUCUCAUGUCAAUGCCACUGUCAAGGUUCCACUGGAUGCAUACAUGAUGGAUUUGGUAUUCUCUGAGAAGGAAGAUGGUGGAGUUUUUUACAAUAGGGAAGGCAUGGAUUCAGGAAUUGCGAAAGAACCGUCAAUGCACAUUGUGCAUAUUGCUUUUGAAAUAGCCCCAGUUGCAAGGGGCAAUCUCUGCUUGGUAUGAUGGUCAGGAUUGGUUUAACUUGUUAUGUAAAAAAGUGAUGGAGCAAGACUGGUCUUGGAAUAAACCUGCUCUCGAUUACUCGAGCUUUACCAUUCAGCACGCAAGUGAACACAGGAUAUUAGUUAGGCCAUGAGAGCGAGAGCAACUCAAUCCAGUUCCAUAGUUUGUACAGGUUUAGUGGCUUUUUUUUGUUAUCAUUCUAAAGCAUAAUUACUUGCACAUAAGUUGCCCGCUCCAAAUAAUAUGCUAGGCCAUAUCAAUUUAGAGCUUGAAAAAAAUGGACACAAAACCAUAGGUUAUAAUACAAUUUAACUUAACCCAUACUUGGUUGAAGUCUGCACAACGGUGGUGGUCCUUCACCAACAACCGUAAUCUGUCCAUUGUCACGCGGGUUCGAAUUCCUGACAUGAGAUGCAUCUUUUUUCUGCGUUUAAUUACAAUGCAAUUAACACAUCAUACAAGUCAUCUAAUAUCAUUUAUGGGAAAGAAAGUUUUGCUCUUAAAGGUUUGAAAUUAAGAGCCAUGGAGCCCAAAUAAGGCCAAUGCAUCUCUUUCACAUGAAAAGUACCUGCUCAACAUUUGUUCUAUGAAAGUUCAAGUCUUCAUGUUGCGUUUAUGCUGCCACUUCUGUGUAAUUGUGGAGAUUAAAUGUCACUGUUGACAAGUUGAAGCAACUGAUCGAAACAUCAUACCCUGCCAAAGGUGAAGAGCCCUGGUUAGCAAGGACAGCUUGCCAUACAUGUUAACCACCAAGUUUGCCAUAAUAGCUAGCCAUCAAAGAUGCAUCCUUUUUGGCUGGCAUUGAAGCGACCAAAAACUGGUGGGGAUGCUUUUCUGUGACUUGACU